UUUAGACAAUGACAGGAACAUUUUUGCUUGGUAGAAUUGUCCAGUGGCCUGUGAUGGUGGGCUGAAUGAUGGAGCAUGAAAAUUCUUCCUUCAAAGGGACGAAAAACCACAAAAUAAAAAUAAACUUAGGAAUGCAGCAACACAGGGCAAGUGCCGCUUUAAAACUCUGUAAUUCUAUACAGACUUGAAAAUAAAAAUCUCAGAAUGGCUUUUCUUGUUAGUUACACUCUCUUCACCCUCCAUUUUAUCUUGUUCAUAUCAUUUUUAAGCAUCAGUCAUGGAGUUUUCUAUGAAGAAUUAGCUGAUGGAAUAGCUAUAAUGCGCGAAGAAAAGACAACUCAUCUCCAUUUCUACUUUCAUGAUAUAGUUGGUGGCAAGAAUGCAACUGUUGUAAGAAUUGCAGGACCCCCAGAUAGUGGCCUCGGUAACUUUGGCAAUACGAUGAUGAUGGAUGAUCCAUUAACAGAAGGGCCUGAGCUUUCUUCGAAGCUGAUAGGAAAAGCUCAAGGAUUAUAUGCCAUGGCUGCGCAAAAUGAUCUUUCAUUGUUGAUGGUUGUGAAUUAUGCAUUUACAGAUGGUGCGUACAAUGGAAGCAGCAUUAGCAUUCUUGGGAGGAACCAAGUACUUAAUGACGUGAGAGAAAUGCCAGUUGUUGGUGGCAGUGGGGCUUUUCGGCUCGCUCAUGGCUAUGCUUUGGCACAUACAGUUCAAAUUGAUAUGGAGACUGGGGAUGCCACUGUGGAAUAUAAUGUUUAUAUGACACACUACUGAACAGGUUGGAUUGGCUGAACUAGGAAGAUAACUAGCUAUUGUUGAUUUUAUUUUUCCAAUAUAUGCGUUAUUAGAGUGGAUAUUUGAAAAAGCCGACCCCAACUAGUUUGAGACCAAUGCUUAGUUGUUAUUGUUGUUGUAUUUGUAAGAUGUGAACAUAUUAGGAUGUCGACUUCGUGUUCUCAUUAUGCUUUACCUUACCUCACUGAGUGCUACCAAGAAUUCAGAGGUGAAUUUUGCUUGUGCA